AUGCCACUCUUCAAAGCUCGCCGGGGAGGCUCAGGUGAUGAUUACUCCGCUGCUGGUUCUGCCAAUGCUUCUGGUCACGUCAGCGGUACCACCACGCCUGCUACAGGUAGUGGAUCUGCCGCCAAUGUAGGUCCUAAUGCCGCAAUCUUGCGGGUUCAGAUCCUUCGAGCCAAGGAGUUGGCCGCCAAAGAUCGAAGCGGAGCGUCGGAUCCUUUCGUCAUCGUCUCCCUACCCGGAGCUGGCAAAGCAUACAGGCGCCAAACGCCCGUUGUCCCCAAGUCGCUGGAUCCGGAGUGGAAAGACGCAGACGCUACAUUCGACUUUGAGAUUCCCAACGAGUGGCUCAAUUCGGACGGCCUUGCGACCGGUAAUGAGGAUGAAGCGCCCUCUGUCGCCUCGGGUCUACAGUCUGCUGCUGGUGUCGCAACUGCUCCUUUCAGCACAGUAGCCGCUCCAGGUGAUGUGGACGAGGAUGCUGCCGCUCUCGGAUCUCAUUCCGCCGGCCGCGGUCUUCAAGUCAGGCCGGAGAACAGGAGGCGCAUUUCGGGAGCUGCAACAAAGAUCUUAUCAGCGCCUGUGCGCAUUGGAGCUCGUGGAGCGGUGGCUGGUGCCCGAGCUGUGCGACGUCGCACACCUCGGCCUAUACGGCACAGGAACGCUGCGUCCGCGCACGGCGAUGCACCCGGAGGUCAGAGCAUUUUCUGUCCCGCCGCUCUGGAAUUUGUGGUGUGGGACAAGGACAGGUGGACAGCAAACGACUAUAUUGGCGAAGUGUCUCUCCCAACGCACGAUUGGUGCCGAGAUGCUUGCUCAUUCGACACGCAAGAACCCAUCUGGCUUCCUCUGGUCUCGUCUCGCCGCAGACUCACGGGUCAGCCAGGGUCCAUUCAGGUUCGCGUCGGUCUCGUCACGAGGUCUUCCACGACUGCACACCUGCCGCAGAUCUUCGAGCGGCUUGUACUGGCCGCUCACACCCAGGACAGUCACCCGACCAGAGCUGUGCCAGCAGACCAAAGUGUCGGUACGGCAGGCCCGGAUGA